AUGUCUUCCCAAACAACCGACCGGGACAAAGACCAGGUCGGGUACGGCGCCGACCUGCCCCUUCACUUGAAGGUGCAGGCGCCGGUAGAAUACCUUGGCAUUGGAUCUUCUCUAUCCCCACAUCGACGGGAGAUCGCCGAGUCCGGAUUGAUGCACCGCACUGCACGCAAGCUUGCUGUCCUGUUCGGCGACGUAAUCCCCCAGGUCCCAAACCUGAUUGCCGCGUACGGGACACGAGCUAGCGAAGUCCUCAAAGAUUCCCGUGUGAAUCCAGCGUCAGCCGAGUAUCAGCUCGGCCCAUUUGGCCCCUUCACGGGGGUAGAUGCAACCUCAAUCUGGGCUGCGGCGACAUCUGGAGCAAGCUCUGUUGCUCUCCAUCUCUUGGCAUGUUUUCUUGCGCGCGCAUUCGCUAAUCCGGCUCAUUCUGUUUCUGCCUGGGUCGAGAUUAUCCUGGAGCGGCAGAAGCGAAUGGCCAACUCACAUGAAGGCUCUUCAGCUCCUUCAAGCGAGGCCAGCGAGCCUAUCUCUUGGGAGGAGAUUCGUGAGUGGGAUGCGUCAGCCCGAGCAUGGCUUCGCAUGGCUGAUAUAGCCAUGAAGAAAAACCAAACACAGUUCAAUCUGAUGCUCAUGGAUAUCAACGUAUCGAUCUCAUGCGCAAACGGCUUGUAUGCCGAUGUUAUUCAGUCAUGGACCUAUGCUAUGCUGACACUAGAACAUCUCCUCGGUGGACGUCCGCGUACCAUUACCGAUGGUGCAGUCCUGCUAGGCAUCUCUUCCUGGCAUAUUUACCCCAACAUCCUCCUUCUAGACGACCAACUUACAGAGGCUGGGUUUUUCGACAACCUCUUCCCAUCAUCGUGUUUCCUUACCAUAGAUGUCGCAGACAAUGGCGAUGGAACUGUGCGUCCCGGGGCCUCUGUUGUAUCAAAAGGGGUCCGCUGGCCAGUUGUUCUCGGUCAACAUAACCUCGACGGUAGCUCUAUUGAGACAAUAGGCACCAUUGACUACCGGGUUAGCAUCGAUGAGCUUUAUUUGAUGGCACUCGGGAGUCUUUUAAGAGCCUGGGAUGCGCCUCAAUCAGAAAUAGAACCUUCCCUGAACUGGUUCAUUGCGCUCUGGAGUUCCGUUCAAAGUGCCAGAUCACCUCUCCCCAAACUAAGCUGGAUCGAGAAUAUUGCCAUGGCAGCUAAACGCCUGCUUGAGGCUGUCGGUCCGACCAAGAAAGAAUAUCAACAACUUGUAAACUUUGGCUAUAAUCAAGGUCGCAAUUUUCUAGUAUCCCGCUCUCAACAAAAAGAUUGUCUCCCUUGGUUUGGGCUGCGCCACUGGCAUAUUCUACAUUCCCUGGGUGAGCAAACAGCCGGGGGCUGUGGCAUUCGAUACCUCCGCCAACUCGCCAAAGCAAUGGAGUUGCGUUACGAUGAGGCAAUCAUCACACAGAUCUCACACGAAAAUCUUUCCACCGGGAAGAAAGAGUUUCAUCAGUAUACUACAGCGAUCAAAGUUCCUCUCAGAGACCAUGAAGCUCCUAUCGAUAGCGACGACGGGGGACCGGGUGAUGCCUCACAGGGCGACGACGGGACAGUGCCGGAUCUUGUUCCUGACGAGGACCCGGUUCAAACUGCCCGUAACGGUAAGAAGAAGGCACUGUCGUCUACACGGCCACGUUACCACAAACUCUGGGAGGGCACUUUCACUCUCCACGAUGAGUAUUCCAUCAGCAAGGUGAUAGAAGAGCCGAAGAAAUUCGAUAAGUACUCUUUCCACAAAAACCCUCUGUCUGUGGGUGAGCAACUCCAGUCCCCAUUGCACUGCUACAGGAUUUCAGAUUGCUUUGGGGGAAAUGUCUUGGCGGACUGUCAAGCGUACCUCGGAUAUUCGUUGGAUAUCUUCCCCAAAUCUCCAGUGAAUUUCUCGAAAGUAUUUGGUGACUCUACGGGUGCAUUGCGACUCUUGGUGACCAAAGAAGCGACGGAAACUCCAGGGAAGCUUGAGGAGACUCUGAAGGGUUUGCAAACUGGCAAGAAGAAGCUACUCAGCUUGGAGAGUUCCAUCGAGCGACUUACAUCUGGGAAGGUCUGCCCCGAGAGUCUGUGGCAGUACUUGGAGGGCCCGGACCCUUACCAGCCUGAAGUCCUGAUCAAGCCAUUCCUCGAGCUUUGCCGCAAGGAGAGACAAGGUUGCGAGCCUGUCAUCACCUCACUACGUAGCCUUGCGGUUGCACAAUCUAUUUACGAAGGUCUCGACGGAGCAACCAUCUCUUCCAGCAUAGUUGAGCGGGGGAUUUUCGAUGCAAAAUGGGCCGAGCUUUACCACUCGAAUGCGAUUGUGAGUCGCUCCGUGGUUUUUGGCUGCAUCGCCAUGUUUGAUAGUGGAAAACUCAAUCUCGAUACUGAGAGACUGGAAGAGGUCUUUGCUCUCUCAUCUGGAAACUCCAUCUAUGCAGCUUCACGAGUUCUCUCCGAUCCGAGUAUUGACAUUCCUGUCCAUGCUGUCAGUCACAUUGUCGGUAACAUUGGGCGUCAGGGGGUUAGUCUACUCGUUUCUUCCCCGGCCGCCCAGCCUCCGUCUAAGCUGUUAGGCGAAGCGGGAAGCGCAAUCAAGUAUGAGCCAUUCAACGGCUGCCGUGAGGACAAGUUUCAGGAGACAUCACUACGUUUAGAUAUCACGGGCCGAGAAGCCCCAGUCGGCUGUGGUGUCGAAGCCACCCAUGACCACCAGGCGUUCUUCAUUGAUUCAAGAAUAGGUGUUUAUGAUGCCGGCAGAUGGAUUGGAGACCUUGAUAUUCCCACAUUGCUCAGCUGGGAGGCCAGUCAGCAUAACGUAUCAGUUGCGCGAGUGGUCUGCAGCAUACACUCCCCAGAAUCACGGGCUAAAACAUUGGAGAAGUUUGUCGCAGUAGAUUCGUGGGGGGAGGUGCUGGGAACUCCUCCUGCGAUCGGUCUUGUCCGAGCCUAUAAAAACUGGCCCUCAAGGCUUGCUGUGAGCGUUGUAUUAACGCAGAAUGGAGGUUCAGACGAGGAAAGUAAGAUGGACAUUGACGGGGAACUUGACAGAGUUGUACCGAAUGUGGCAGUCCUGGAUCAUGGGGAUGAGCUUUGUUGGACAUGCGUCCAUCGGCGGUUGAAGCGACGGGUGAAAAUGGCUACUGGGACACCAACUUUUCUGGUUGCGUAG